GUGAAUGUUAGUUAAGAUUUCACUUAUAAAAUAAAUACUUUUAAUCGCAUUUAUUUCGCGAGUUACCUUUUUAAAUGCUCGAAUUGUACAGUUAACUUUCUACCUGUUAUGUAGAAGUGUUCUAAAAAGUGUCUCGCGAGUAAGCAUGGAUGGUGCGGCGGCCACGGAGGCGCUCCGCCGCGGGGCUUCGCAGUGGUCCCUCGCCGGAGACAAGGACCUACUGGAGGCACUACAGAAUCUACACGAGCGAAUCAUAUCAAAAUGCCAGGAGACGAACAGGAAGCUUGAGGAGAUGGUGAUGGCGCUUGAUGACGCCAACAUACACCUGCAGAAUGUCAACAAUAAGUUUACAGCGCUCAGCAACAGCCAGUUCAUAGAGAGUAGAGUGUAUGAUGAUGAUGGUGACGUAAUCGCUGAAGUAUCACCACCUAAGGAACAAGCGAAACAGCAGUCGUCAGAUAUGGACAUUGAUAGGUUAAAAGCAAGCCUGCAGGUUUUGGAGAGUAUGCACGAGCAGGUCACCAUAUUGUGUGACAGUGACAGUGAUAGCGACGACGACAGCAUGACGAGAAUCGUACUUAAACCAAAGGACUUGUACGCCGACCGCCCUCUACCGCAUAUCAUUGGAACUCAGGCUUGGAAGUCAAAAUGGCAUGCAGGCCUUCUCCCAGACGAAAGCGACUCCGACAGCUCAACAAAGCGAGAUCUUGAAGACGAAGAGCAGUUCUCAGACUCAGAGCCCGACCCCUCAGAGUACCCCCAGUACCACUCUGAGACUCUGGGCGUGCCCGUACCACGGGAUAGAACGAUAUCAUCAUCAAGUUCAGAGCUUCAUUCGGAGCCGGUCACCCAUCCUAAACCCAGCCAGUCGGACAUUGCUGCGGAAUUGGCUCGAAGGCUAGGAGGAGGCGUCAAUAAGAUACCAGAGCAAGACACGGAAUAUUCUGCACCACAGCCGACAACCAGGAAGUUGUAUAAGCCGGAACAACCAGCUCCAGGUGCUAUAUUCUCGGACGAGCCCCCUCCGUUGGAUUUCGACCAAUCAGAGGAAUCCGACCAGGACAUCUUCGCAGAGAUACACAAAAAUAAACCUUAUAGCCAGAGCAGCAGGGACCAAAGCAGCGUGGCCGACGACCUGUUUGGCAGGAAUAUGUUUGAAGAUGUUGAUAACAAGCCAACACAAAAAUCAAAUGUCAAGGAAAAAUCACCCUUAUUCAAAGAUGAAUUGUUUGCUGCUAAUCCUAAACCAGCUCAAACUACGAAACAGGAAGAAGUUAAUACCAAGAAACCCAUCGGUGGAAUGUCUCUGUUCGGAAACAACGCAGAGAGCAUCGGGGCGGCCAUAUUGAGGCGGAACCAGCGCGCAUCAUCCACUUCCGGCGAAGAAUCUGACAGCACAGAACCACAGGCUACAAAAAAAUCCCAGAUGAUUGAUAAUCCUCUUAAGAAACAAGAAACCACAGAAUCACCGAAAGAAAAACAGACACCUCAAAGGCAAAUAGAAAGAGAUAUAUUCGACGAUCUCUUCGCUAAAUCAAAAGAAAGGGAACAGAAAGAAAAGGAAAGGCAGGAAAAGGAGAAGGCUAAGACAGUUAAAGAGCCAGUGAGGAAAGAUAAGAAAGUAGAUCUAUUCAGUGACAAUAUAUUCGAUGAUAUCGAUGAUAUUUUUACUAGUAACGUAGUAACACCAAAAGAUAAAGAAAAGAGAAAAGACACGUCAAUUUUCGAUGAACAAGAUGAUUUAUUCUCAGAUAUAGCUGUAAUUAAAACUAUAACAGAUAAUGUAGCAAAAGAUACAGUAAGUAAGACAAGUAAAGAUAAGGUAGAGAAAGAAAAAGGAAUUUUCAGCAGUGAUGAAGAACUUUUUACUGAAAAAACUAAAACAAGUGAUCAACCUAAAAAAGUAAAUAAGCUUAUUAAAGACAGCAAAAGUAUCUUUGAUGACAGUGAUGAUGAUUUAUUUUGUGAUGUUGCUGUUAAUAAAGUUACUAAAACAGCCAAUAAGUCAGAUACUGUAGAUAUUAAAAAUUCUACUAAUAAUGUUACGGUAGCUAAAAGCGUCACAAAUGAUGUUGUCAAAAGUAAUGUAGAUUCUAAAAACUAUGCUCAAAGUUAUCUAGCUUCUACAGCAAGUAAGAAUAAAGUUGAAGAUCUAUUUGGGGAAGAUGACGGAGAAAGUCUAUUUACAGAUAAGAAAGAAACACUUAAUGUUGGUAAUAAAGCGAAUAUUGCAAAAGAAACGCCAAAGCUUGUUAUAAAUGAUAGUAGUGAAUCUAACCAAUCGAAAACUGUCGAACAACUAAAAGCGAAAUCAUCAAAAGUUAUCAACAGCCCAAAUCUAUUUGAUGAUGAUGAAAUGAACGAUCUUUUCACAUCUACUCAGAACUUGAAAAGCAAAAGUGAUGAAGUUCAAAAUGAUUCAUCAUCUAAGAAAGGAAAUAAUAGUCCAAUGAAAACUACUAAAUCUAUUCUUGAUAAUGAUGACGACGAUGAUUUAUUUCGAACAGAUACUAAAAACUCAUCAGCAACAGUGAAAAGUGAUGAUAAUAAAAAUGAUGAGCUUCAAAACGAUGACAUUUUUAAAACAGCUACAUCUAUGCUCGAUGAAGAUGAUGAUCUGUUUAAAAAUAAUACGAAAUCGAAUACUCCUGUCACCAAUGAUAAAGCCAUUGAUGGUAAACCACCAAGAAACAACACUUCGAGUUUAGCGGAAGCGAGAAAUAAUAAUAAACAGGAUACUACAAAGCAUGAAGCAAAAGAAGUUUUUAAAUCUACUCAAGAAAACCGCACCGAUAAUUUGCCAGAAGAAGAUCUAUUUAAAAAACCGAAUACAACACCAAAGCCAAAAAUUACUGAAAAACCAAAAGAUAUUUUCGACAAUCAUUCACAAAAUUCAAAAAUCGGUGUUUUUGAUGAUAGUGAUACUGAUGACAUGUUUAAUAAAUCUACGCCAGAUACUGAAGUAACUACUAAAGAGGUUGAAAUUCCUAAACCUGUUUCUGCGUCAACUAAAGACAUUAUACCAAAUACAGAAACGGCAGCAGUCGAUAAUGCUACGGGCGAAAACGCAGACAGUAGUGCAAAACAAAUGCCGGCAAAUACUGCUCUAGACAAUACUAAAGAAGUACAUGCGAAUAAAAACAUCACAGAUACUCCAAAAGAAGAUUACAAUGAACUUCAAAAAGAUAACCAAAAACAAAUAACCGUUGAAACAAAAACAAAAAAUGAAGAGUUAGAAUCCAACCCUUCUGAAAUUAAAGAGAAAGUAAAAGAAGACGCGUUUACCGACAUUUUUGACGAUUUACCACCAGCUUUCGAAAAACCGAAGGAACCUAAAAAGAGUAAAAACGUUAACGCACUCUUUGAUGACGAUUCCGAUGAUGAGAAUUUGUUUUUCAAAAAGAAUGACGUCACACUUGAAGAGGUCCCUGAAGACUUCAGUUCUGCAGCCGAUGAUAGACUAUUUGGUCUAUUCAGAGAUGAACCACCGGCCAUAGAUGUUGAUUUCGUUCAAAAACCCAAAAAAGAUAUCUUUCCUACUAAAGGUGCAGAUUUUGAACAAAAUGUUAAAGAUAAUGACGUUUUUAGUGUUGGUGCAGUAGAUUCCGUUCAAAAAUCUGAAAUAAGCAAGAUUACUGAUGUCGAAGGUCAAAAAUCAACCAAAAGCGAUAUAUUUAGUAAUAUAGAAGAUGAUGAAAUUUUCAAAAAACCAGCUGAGAUUGAUAUAUUUGGCGAUGAAUCUAAUGAAACAGUUGUUAAAAGUGAUGAUAUAGCUAGUCUGUUAAAAGAUGAUGAUGAUGAUAAUUUAUUUAAAACACCGAAAGAAGAUGUAACAAAUACUCAAAUAAAACAAGACAAUAAAAUAACAAAAAGUGAAGGUAUAGAUAAAACAGAUGGCCCUCAGGCAGAAACCAAAAAAAUUGGCAAACUUAAACCUAUGAAUUUUAAUAUUAACGUCAACACUCUUUUACCAGGCGCUUCGCCUAAGAAAGUAGCCAAGCCAAUUGAACAGACAGACGGACAGGCAAUAUCUUCCAAAAGCAACGAAGAACUUAGAACUAAUGAAAUCAUAGAACCGACCACAGACGCAAAGUUAGUAAAAUCAGUUAGCUUCGAAGGCAAACCUGAGUCGAAUGUUCUGGAUAACAAACUGUCUAAGGAAAGGGCUAAAAUUCAGGUGAAAAGACGACCGUCUACUAGAAGAGCGAGAAGAGAAGCAGUGAAAAAGUCCGGAAUUGAUUUCGGUGAAGAUUCCACUGAUAAUUCUAGUUCUAUCGAUGAUCAGCCUAGAAGUUUAGUCAUUACACAAGAUUAUGAAAAACUAACCGACAAUUCUAAAGACACAAAUAUUGAAACAAAAGUUACUAGAGAAACGAGUUCUUCUAAAGCACAAAUUUCAAAAAAAGACAGUAAUGAAACUACUAAACAUGAUGGAAUUAUAACUGUUGCACAAAUUACUCAAGAUGAAUUAGAUUCACAAACAAAUACUGAUUCAAGAGAUUCCCUGCUACCUAUCGUAGAUGACAAAACAACUAAAACGGAUGCUACAUAUAGCAAAAACGAAGAAAUUACUAAUAUUAAUAAAAACACAGGUACUAUACCGAAGACUAGUCCAAACAGAAAUGUUAAAUCUAAAGUAGUUUACAUUUUAAAUGAUGAAGAUAUUUUCAACACGAAACCGAGUCAAGAACCUGAGGAAAAACCUAAAAAAGUUCUAAACAUAGUCGAUGAUGAUGAUGACGAUAUAUUUAAAACUAUGAUACCACCAAAUCAUCAAAAAGUUAAUAUUUCAGGUAAUAAUUCUUCUAGAGAAGUGAAACCUAAAAAUAUUCUAACGAAUGAUGAUGAUGAUGAAGACAUAUUCAAAACCAUGAAACCUAAAACAAACAAAAGUAAAGCUCAAGAACAACCUAAACCUAAAAAAGUGGAAAACAUCUUAGAUUCUGACGAUGAUAAUCUUUUUAAAAAUUCUUCAACUACCAAAUCUGAAAAGAAUGAAAAUUCAACAAAACCGGAAAAUAAACCUACUGAAACGCAAAAUCGUAAACCAAAAUCUUCAAUAUUCGGCGAUUUAGACGAUGAAGCGUUAUUCACGGGCAAAAAGGUAGAUAAGGGAAAAGAUAAGAAAAAGAUAUCUAUCUUCGGAUCAGAUAGCGAAGAAGAGUUGUUUACAGGCGCAAAGAAAGAUAAAAAACGGGAGAAAUUAGUGGAGAAAGAGUUCAAAGGAGUAGAAGUGAAAGGAUCUCUUUUCGGUGACGAGAGUGAUGAUGACUUGUUUGGAAAUAAAUCGAAGAAAAUUACAGAACCAAAACCUCACGAUCGAUCAAAAUCCACCAAGGAAGCGCAUAGCAAAUCAGCAGAGCCUGUUUUUGAAGACCCGCUGUCAUUACUGGGAGGCGGAGAUGAUUAGAAAACGUCUUGGUAUCAGGAGUUGUUCAGUAGUUAUGUAAUACUAGCUUUUGCCCGCGACUUCGUCCGCGUGGCGUGUUAUAAAAGAGAGAUCUUUGUGUGUGUGGGAGUGCAUGUCAAAUUUCAAGCAUCUAACUUAUGCAGUUUAGAUUUUUAUGUAUGUUAAUAAGAAGAAAAAAAUAAUAUUUUCAAAUAAUUUUGUGAUUUAGAAUUGUUACUAUAUCAUAUUAUGAUAACUUCGCUUGAAUAUUAUACCAAGUUUUCCUAAAGUGAUGUGAACGCCAUCUCUGCAGAAUUGUGGAACUAACUUGAAAACUGUUCAUUCUUGAAAGUGCCACCUUGAAACAACUCAUACAGGACACAGACACUGCUGCUGUUAUAACGAAUACUGAGAGGGAUGAUUCACACCAUGAUUCUGAGUUAAUAUCAAUUGGAAUUUUCCUUUGCCAAAUUCAUGACUUUUCUUGUUUGCUUAAAUUAUUUUCAAUUCUAUAUUUGUGCAAUGGAAAAUUCCACUUGAUAUUAACUGAGAAUAAUGAGCUGAAUCAUCUUCAAAAGUUUUCGUUACGGUCAGUAAAAUCAUGUAUAGGCUGCUUAUGUUAUCAUCUCCCUAGCGUUAUCCCGUUUCUCACAGGGUCCGCUUACCUAACCUGAAGGUUUGACAGGUCCAGUUUUUUACAGAAGCAACUGCCUGUCUGACCUUCCGACCCGCGAAGGGAAAACCAGCCCAAUACAGGUUAGGUCACAUACCUCCGAAAAUGCAUUUCUCGGGUAUGUGGUUUUCUCAUGUUAAUGACUAAUAUAUUUUUAUAAUUUUAAUUAUAUGUCUUGUAAUAAGUGCAAUUUAAUGAAAUUUAUCAUUCCAUUAAUUGAGAUUGUUAUUGUUUAAAGAAAUUUAUUAAUAUUAUUUAAAUAAAAGUUUAUAAUUAAUAGUAAAUAAUAAUGUUUAUAAUUGAUGUCUUGUGCAAGUGGAACAAUUUUAUUAAUUUUCGUUAAAUUCGUAAUCGUAAUUCGUUCUAGUUAUGGCCUUUCUAUAUAACAUCCUGGAUCUGAUCGCCGUAUGUACGCUUAGGUUACUUACACCUGCAUCAUAAAUCUACCACCUUACAAAUAAAAAAUAAACCAGGGAUGAACGUGGGUUUAAGUAUUUUAAAGUUCAGUCGAAUAGGCUAGUUUCCAACUAGUCAAAUCAGUUACUUUUUACUAAACGUCAAAACACGAAAUUACUAUGGAAUUUGUAUGAAAAAGCACUCUGUGACGUCAUAGAAAAACGUGACAAAAUGUCGGACUUAUUAUUACGUUUUUCUUGAUUAAAAUUCAUAAAUAAGUUUAAUAGAAAAAAGAAAAUGUUUUUCGUUAGUUUUAGAUGUGUCUUUAUUUAGUAAUCAGAAUUUCAUAAUUUAUCUUGAACCUAGUACACGACCCAAUUGUAUCAUAAUUGGUUUCAAUUUUGAUUGGCUGUCAAAUACAUCCAAAAAAAAAAGAAGUAAAAGAGAAGGUGCAGGUCAUGUCGUAUCGGGAGGUGAAGGUUUUGGCGGGAAGAAGAGAGGAAUGGCGGUUACUCCACCGACAAGAGCGCAGCUCUUAAAUAGAGAGAGAGAGUCAAAUACAUAAACCCACGUUCACCCCUGGUAUAUUUUUUAUUUGUAAAUGUAUAAGUAAAAAAUAAUUCUAACAGAUAAAAAAUAAAUAUGAGUAUUGGAUCCGAUUCCUGCAGACACCUCCUAAUUUUAUUUUAAGUUAUACCUGUCAUUUUCUUAUCCGCCGAAAAGAAAAGGGACGGGUGAUUGACAACUGUUAAUUUUAAAACGAAUGAGUGAUAUAUAUACCCGAGCGAAUCAAGUAGGAAUCUCGCUAGUAUGCACCCGUUUGACGUGUGCUGUCAACUUAAUUCCGGUUAUUUAUUUUAUUAAGAUAGGUAUACAAACAGUACACAUAUUUCAAAGUUAUAAAAAGCAAGUCAUAAAUUAGUUUUUGUAUAUGUGCUUCAAUUACAGGUACACACUGCAUUCACAAUUACAACAACAAAACGUAUAUCUAGGUGAAUAGAAUUAUAUUAUAAAUAAAUAUGUAUAAAACUUAAACAGAAUUAACUUCUAAAUGAAAACAGCUAUAAAUCUUCUUAGCAAACAUAAGAGUUAAAACUAUAACGUAUACUUAAAGAACAAAAAUAAGUAUUGGCCAAUGUAACAUUUUUAGAGGGUUGUUUUAGAUUUCUGCCUAAAAAAAAUACAGCUAUAACUUAAAAUAAAAUUAGAUGGUGUGUACAAAAAUAGCGUCAUUAUCGUAAUGCUUGUUAUCAAAGCGAUCAAAUAACGUAGUGUCUAAUACAAGUUUGAAUGCUGUAAAAAGUGCCUAAAUGUAUUUAUUCUUGUAAGUUGGAAUGGAAAUAAAAUCGUUAUUUAUUUA